UAUAGUCAUGGAUAAACUACAUCUCUUUUAUAUCAAGAAAUGGGUUGUAGUAUCUUUUACUUUGGCUAAAUUGCCUACACAUUUGCAAUUUCUGUAAAUGAUAUAAAUGUACUAUGCUUCAUUAACAUUACUAUUCAUAAAAGCUACUGGGAGUGUCAUACUAAUUCACUAAAUGAACUUUGACACUAGACUCAAUAGUUUUAAAACCUCAGCCUAAAGAACCAGCACCCUAUAAAAAUAGUCUGGUUUUCAUAAUUUCCCAAUGCCCAUCCAUCAUUAUUGCUGCUCAUUCAGAGGAGUCUUAAGGUCAAGUAGGAAGUCCUGCCUACAUUUAUUCACCAUGACCUACCAAUGGAAAUAAAAGUAGCUAUAAAUACCAAGAGAAAAGAAACUCCAAGCACCAUAUAGCCAUCAAGUCCAAAAAUGGGUAUUCUCGCUUUAUCUCUCUUGAUAGUUACUUUGAUCCUCUUUGGCAGCCAAAGCAUCAGUGCAGUGACAUACACUCGAUGGGGUCAGACCUCAUGUCCUACAGAUAGCACUGGUGCUACACUUGUGUACGAAGGCAUGAUGGCUGGUAGCAAGCACUCUGAAUCCGGUGGUGGAGCACAAUAUAUCUGCCUACCAAAAGAACCGGAGUACUGGUCGGUUGGAGUUGGUACUCCUCGUACUGAAUCAUUCCUUUAUGGGGCAGAGUAUCAACUACGUCUUUAUCCUUCUCAGGUUGAAUACACAGCACCUUGUGCAGUGUGCCUUAUUAACUCCAAUAAGUCAUCAGUAAUAAUGAUACCAGCAAAAGUAACAUGUCCUCGAUCAUGGACACUAGAAUACAAUGGCUACCUCAUUGCUGAGUAUUAUGCUCAUCCUAACAAUGUUUUAUACGAGUGUCUAGAUAUUAACGUAGAGACAGUACCUGGAACAUCUCGACUGGAUCCAGAAGCAUCUAUCCAUCACGUGACAUCCACCUGUCAUGGCCUUCCCUGCCCUCCGUAUCGCACAACAAAAGAGCUGGCUUGUGCCGUCUGCUCAAAAUGAAACUAUUUUGCAUAUACAUAUACAUACAUGUAGA